AUGCCAUCACCUGAACCCUCACGGAGAUCUCGCUCCCCAGCCACGCAAGAGAAAGACCGUCGCCAUCAUCGUAGCCGACAUGACCACUCACAUUCCCACCGGCACCGCCACCGCGAUGACGCGCGCUCGCGCUCUCCUCAUCGCUCCGACAGGCACAGAUCAGACCGCCACCACCGUCGGCACGACCGAGACCGAGACCGUCAUGAUCACAGAAGCAAAGAAACAUCUGCGAAACCUGUGAUUCUGCCGCUACAGGCGCGGGAGCUCACAAGGCGGGAUUUGGAUGUAUUCCAACCCAUGUUCGCGAUGUACCUCGACAUCCAGAAAGGCAUAUUCAUUGAAGACCUGUCUGAAGAGGAGGUGAAGGGGAGAUGGAAGAGCUUCAUUCAGAAAUGGAAUCGAGCUGAAUUAGCUGAAGGCUGGUACGAUCCGGCCACAUUGCAAAGGGCCCGCGAAAGCAUAGCAGAGAGGCCACCGCCUGUGGAGCGCGAGAGAGGAUCGCCAGAUUACACGCGAGGUGAACAGAAAGAAAUGGUGGAUAACACGGCACCACCAACCGCCGAAGAAGAUGACGAUGAAGACGAUGACGAAUAUGGGCCAACACUACCUCACCCUAAUUCAGGAAGAGGCUUCAUGCAAUCUGGGCCGACAAUACCAAAAUUACAGGAUCUGGAGCUCAAGAGAGAGUCUGCAGCUGAAGAUGCUUUUGCCGAGCGCGAGGAGUCACGACAGCAGUAUCGCAGUGACAUCCGAUCUCACAAAGCGGCAGUUAAGAACCUCGAAGACGAAGUUGCACCACGAGCAGAAGCCGGGACAAGAGAGAGACAGCUCGAGAAGCGUCGGGAAGCUGCUGCAGCUAACCGCGAAUUUGCAAAUGCUCGUGGGGCAUCACCGGAGGCUGCACCGGAAGAGGAGCUUAUGGGAUCUGGAGACAACGACCUCGCUUCCUUGAAGAGGGAAAAGGAGAAAGACCAACGCAAGAAGAACGAACGGGAAAUUCGUAGAGAGGAAAUUCUUCGGGCACGAGUAGCAGAGCGUGAGGAGCGCGUUCAGAAGUACCGUGAGAAGGAGCAGGAGACGAUUGGUUGGUUGCAGACUCUGGCGAAGCAGCGUUUUGGUUAA